UUAUCAACUCUUGAUCCUUUACUACAGCUAAAGACACCACAGAACACAAUUUCAGCUGCUUUAGCAUUUGAUCGCAUUGGAGCUACAGCUUUGAGCUCAAAUGCAAUACCUCAGUCAUCAACAUAUCGCUCAGCGCAGGAGUCAGCACCUCACCUCCUUCAGCCUCAGUUCACUUUACUGCCUUCUCUACUUGGAGGGUCUCAGCAAACGUCUCAGCCGUAUAGCACAGCUGUCUUUCUAGGGUCUGCUGCCUCCAUUGAAAGAGCACUUCCACGUGAAUGUAGUGUUAUUAAACACCAUCAACGGCCGUCAAGUACACAGUCUGAUCAGACUCAGUUAACUAAUUCUCAACAUUCCUUACAGUAUCUCUCAAGUGCGAAUGGAGUUGCUUUUCAGGGUGAUUCCAAGCAGUCUGAAUUGCCAUGUAGUCCAGUUGGAGAUGUUACUCAAGUGGGCAGUGAAGAAUCACAGCAGAAACCUUCUGAAGUGGAAUUGGAUCAUGCUCAGUCUUACUCUUCUACAGUCGAAUCCCCAGACUGUACGUCUGCACUUUCAUCACAAACGAACUGUGCUACAAAACAACCUCAACAGGCUUCAGAAACUCCCAAAUCCCAAAGGGAAUCUCCUGUUGUACAGACCCAGAAUUAUGCUAAACUGGCCCAGAGCCAGAGUUCAGUAAUAUCAAGCCAGUCGCAGAUCUAUUCUGUAGCCCAAUUACCCAGUCUCAUGUUGCUUAGUCAGUCCCAAAGCUAUGCUCCAUCACAUGCUCAGACUGUACCAGCUGUUACUAUUUCACAUGUACUUUCUUCUAGUAUGCCUGAGAAAUUGCCCUCCUUGUAUAGACCAUUGAAUUCCUUUCCUGGUCCAGCACAGAAUUUAGCCCCAAACAACCUGGAAUCUGGCUAUUCUGAUCAGCAAGCAUUAACGUCUGUUCAUAAUGGGGCCUUUACCACCCAGUCUACAGGUCUGGUUUCAGUCACCGAAUCUCAGAGCUAUUCUUCCAGCAGUUCUCAGGAUUUGCCAACAGCUAAUCAAACACAGGCAGCCUUUUCUUGUCAUUCAGAAACUUUAUCUGGUGUUACACCUUCACUGAGUUAUGUUUCUGGGCAUCCCUUAAUUUUGACAUCGGAAUCUGUCCCGUUUUCUUCAGCUUCCCAUGCUCAGUCACAGUCAUCCCCAAGCUCAACUCAGAGUUUUAUCCCUGUGCAGUCUUCUCAAAAUGCUCAGUCCCAUGAAGUGUCAGCUCAGUCACAGACCUGUCUGCCAGCUGUUCAGUUGUUAUUUCAGUCACCUCCUCAGUCGCAAACGCAAGACAGCCACUGUUCCUCUGAGUUAAAGUACUGUUAUGUUAAAAGGAAAUCUGAAUCUAAUUUGUAUGCAGUCUCAAAGCAGGAUGAUGAAUUUCCUAUUCAUAGUUUGCAAGCUUUACAACAACAAACGUCUUUAGAAUCAGCACAAAAUAGUUCUGAAAAUGAAGUAGGUAGUCAAAAUGUGAUUUACAGUGCGAUAAAGACCGAUGAUAGAUACAAUUCUCAGAGUGUAAUCAGAAGCAGUUCGCGUCUUGAUGAACAGGCUGUGGGCAUUUGUCUUCAAGGAGUUAAAAAGGAUGAAUUGAAUGCCACUUUAGGAACUCCACAUGCACAACAGACUGGAAAUAUGAACAGCACAGGAAGCAGUACCAUUCAUAAGGCACACAGUUUAUUGCCUGAAUCACAUGUAAAUAUAAUUGCUAAAGAUUUAAAACAUCAGGAACAUGUGGUACUGCAUACAGCACAAGAAACCAAGUGUCAGCAGAACCAUACACAGAUCAUUGGUACCUCACAGUCACAUAUUUUAAGACAGAUGCAGUUACCUACUGGUCAAGUAAUUUUGGAUCCGAAUUGUGAAAUACAUCUUCUACAGCAGUCAAUAAUGCAGUCUGCUCUAGGCUUGCCUAAAUCCCACUUGCAUCAAAUGCAGAGCCAAGACCGUGGAAAACAAGAUUUUCUUCAAAUGGAUGAACAUAUUGUUCAGACAAGUAUCGGUCAACCUCCACAGCAGAUUGCCCUGCAAAAUGCAGAGGGAUUGAGCAUGAAUGUAUCGGAAUCAAAAGCACUGCAACAGCAUUUGCCAGCUAAAGACACUUUCAGCUCUCCAGGCGACCACAGUUCAAAGGCUCACUUUACUCCUUUGGGUUCAGCGUGUUUCUCAGAAACUGUGUUGCUCAGUGAUGAAAGGAAUGUAUUGUCAAAUGUUGAUGAUAUAUUAGCUGCUACUUGUGGAGUUGCUUCACAAGCUUUUGCAAAGUCAUUAUCUGAUGAACGAGAAAUGCAUUCUAUAGAAAAUACAAAUACUUCAAAGCUACCAUUUCAUCAAAUGCAUAUCAGAAGUGUACCUCUCAGUCUGAACUCAUCAGUGGUAGAAAGUCAGCAUAGCAAUAACAUCUCUUUGAAUGGAAAUCCUUUACAUUUAAAUCUUUCACCAGUAGCUUCAGUACAGACUGGAAAUUCUAGUCUUGAUCAUCCGAAUAAUCCAAAUUUAGAUCAGGCUAUACCAUGUGGACUAAAUUCUUUAGAAUGUACUCCACAGGAACUUGAAGAACAUAAUAGUAAAAAUGUGAAACAGCAGUACAGUAGUAAUGUUGAGUCUGUAGAUGAACACAGUGAUACUCCAUGUCAUGGGGAUUGUAAUACAAAUGAUACAGAUUUUGAUUUGAGGGGUAAAGGUCUUGAUGGAGGAAAUACAGCGUCUAAUGAUUUUAUUUUAGGUGAGGGCGAUACAGCUGAAGGUAAUACAAAACGAGGAUUACUAAAGCCAAAAACAGAGAUGGGAAAUAGAGUAAUACCCGACAUCAAAACUGAAAGUGGUGAACAGGAGUUGACUCAAGAUGGCUUGCAAAAAAAAAAAGUAAGAGGUAAGGGUCAAACAAAGUUGGCUUUGGAAGAUGAAAAUGGGAGCCAAAAGCCUUUAAAACAAGGAGGACAGGCUAAGCGUCAGAAUUCUAGAGGAAAUGAUGCAAGCUCUCCAGUUUCUGCAUAUUCGGCUGAUGUUUAUGAUAAUGAUCAGCACUUGGAAAGUAUUCGACAGAAAAUCAAAGAAGUAGAGGAGAAGCAGCCAGAAGUAAAAACUGGGUUCAUUGCUUCCUUCUUAGACUUCAUUAAAUCAGGACCUAAGCAGCAACUUUCUCCACCAGUAGUAAGAAUGGCAAACCGCAGUAAGAGGCCCUGUAGUCAUAUAGUACGUCCCCCUUAUUAUCAAGUGGGUGGAAAGCCAUUUCCUUUAGCUGCCGGCAUGCAGCCAGUUGAAGGGGAAAAUGCAAGCCCAUCAAAACAAACUGAUGACUAUUUGAAGAAAACCAUGGAAACCUUGCCUUCUUUUUGCUUUGAUGAUAGUGAUUCCACUGGGAAAAGUCAGAUCUUACAAAGUAGUGGGUUACCUGAUUUGGAUGCUACUCCACAGUGGAAAAGUGAUACAGGGGCUGAAAGUGGAAGUACUAUAUCUGUUGUCACUCAACAAUCUCCACCUGUACCUGUAAUGGUACAGGAAUUGUGUCCGACAACUGAUUUUCAAUAUCAAGCAAGUCCUGAAGAUCCAUGCUUAGAACAUCUGGCAUUUGUGAUGCAGGAUGAUAUUGCACUGGAGGGCUGCUCAGACGAAGAUGAUGCAGACAGUGGAGGAGAGGGUGUAUACAAAGACCGUGAUGAAUUUGUGGUGAAGACAGAAGAUAUUGAUUUAUUAAAGUGGUCGUUAAGGACUGGGAGAGAGCCACCAGCUAUAUGGAAAGUACAGAAGGCCCUGUUACAGAAGUAUAUGCCUGAUCUGAGAAAUGGACACCGAGAAUUUGUUGCAACAAACAGUUAUCUUGGAUAUUUUGGAGAUGCAAAAACGAAAUACAAGCGAAUUUAUGUGAAGUUUGUGGAGACUGUGAAUAAGAAAGAGUAUGUCCGUAUAUGUUCCAAAAAGCCAAGGACCAAACUUUCUCCAUCUCUGCCUCCUUUGAAAACACCACAGAAUAAGCUCUCUAACCAGAGUACAACUCCUGAUCCUCCAGCACCAAAAAGUACACCACCUAAAAGUACUUCAAAAACCAAAGCUAAGCAGUCAAGAGAUGGCGCAGAACCUCCACCAAAAAAAAGGAAAAAAUGGAAGGAAAUUUCAUCUCAAACUUCUGUAGUAUCAUCUGUUGAUGCAGAGCCGCUGUCAAAGAAGCAGAAGAAACAAAAGGAUCAGAAGGAAGUUUCAUCUUCCCAGCUUAUGUUGUGUUCCGAACCACUAAGUAGUGAAAAUGAUCCACCAACAAAGAAGCAGAAGAAACAAAAGAAUCAGAAGGAUGUUUCAUCUUCUCCGCCUAAUUCUUGUUCUGAAUCUCUAAGCAGUGAAAUUGAGCCACCAGCGCCACCAUCAAAAAGGCAGAAAAAAAUUAAGCAACUUAAGCAACUUCCAUCUUCCAACCCCAUUGACUGUCCUGAAGUACAGAGUAAUGAAAAUCAGCCACCAGCACCAACAUCAAAAAGGCAGAAGAAAAUGAAGAAACUUCCAUCUUCCAAACCUGUUGAUUAUCUUGAAGCACAGAGUAAUGAAAAUCCUAACCUUUUAGAACUGCUGCCACCAGCACAACCAUCAAAAAGGCAGAAGAAAACAAAACAGCUUCCAGCUUCCAAACCUGCUGAUUGUCCUGAAGCAGUCAGUAAUGCAAACCAGCCACCAGCACCAUCAAAAAGGCAGAAGAAAAUGAAGGAAAUGCCAUCCCUCAUAUCUGAAGAUUAUACUAAAACUAACAGUAAUGAAAAUCAAACUCCACCAAAAGUAGAGAAAAGAAGGAAAGUCAUUCUAUCCUACAGGCCUGAUUUUUGUCCUGAAGCACAAGGCGAUAUACAGAAAAUACAGUCAAAAGUCCAGAAUGAAUGCCAGGAAGUUACAUCUUCACUGUCUGCAUUUGAAGUACAGAGUGAUGAAGAUGAUGAAUUUACACCUCCGGUUCCUUUUGUAAGUCGCUUCCAAAAUAGCAGGACCAUGAGAGAUGCCUUUAGGAGUUACUUGGAGCUGCUUGUCAGUGCUGCUUUAGAUGGUGAUAAGCUGUUAGCAGUAAAACAAGACAAUGAUAAACUUGCUUUACCUCAAGUGAAUAAAAUUGAUGAUGUGUUAAAAGACAAUGGCAGAAGGAUACUUUCCCAGUUAGAGUUGGAUGAAGCAUUCAAGAAUGCACUUGAAACUUUUCCUCAACUCACUGUGACUUCCUGUAACACUAAAAGAAAGUGUGGGGAUUCUAUAUUUUCCAAGAUUUCAAUGAGUGGUCAAGCAUACAACAGGAAAACAAUGGAAGAAAUGAUGCCUACAGCUACACUGUCACAGGAGUUUACAGUGGAGACAGAAAAAUCACACUUGUAUACCAAGUAUCAUUCACUCCGUCAUUUUAAAUACAAAUUGUAUACAAUUUGUAAACAAAAGAUUGUAUCUGUUCAGCAACGCUACAAAGACUUGGGGCAUGAAGAGGUGGUAAAGAUUUGUCUAAAAAAUAAACUGUGGUUGGAUAAUCUCUUUGACCAAUUAAGUGAACUUCUGAAUUCUGUACAUCUCAAAUGUUUAUAACAUAGGUGCUCUAGUAGAUGAACACAAAUAUAUUAACAUGGACUCUGUUUUUUCUUAUGAUGUGAAGAUUGACUCAAGUUUGGGGAAACUUUCAUGAAUUAACCUCGCACCUUUCAGACUUAAGAUGGUGAUGCGAAGGAAAAUGUCUCUUGCAGAUGAGAUUGCAGACAGGAUCUGGUCACCACCUUUUUAAUCAUAGCCAGUUUGAGAGCGAUUUUCUACCUUGUACAUAAAAUUGUUAGUUAUUAAAUACUCAUUUUCAGGAAAAAAAAUGACAGAUCAAAUGAUAAAGCAUGCACUAAGUAAAAUAUUUUUUUGUUUAUUAUUUCAGAGGAAACACUUUAAAAUGCUUUAAUUUUUGAUCGUUGAUCUUCUGUUUUCUGUUACUUGCCAACAGGAAAAGUAAGGAUUGUGAUGCAGAAGUUUUAUUUUUCAGGGCUCAAAAUUUAUGUAGAAAUGUACAUUUUGUAAAAAUAAACCUGGUGUUACAUUGCAUUCUAUAAAAGGUUUCACCAUAUAAAAUAUUGAUUUUUAUUUACACUUGAUUACUGUUAAUACACAGUUCAGGAUACUGGACGUGGAGCUGGUGCAAUUCUUUGACAGCUUUUAGUGUCAAAUUAUAUUGUGAAAAUGCAGUGACCUUAAAUAUUUCCUGUUUAAAGAAAAAUAA